AUGAAAUGGUUAUCCAGUGCUGAGAUGUAUCAUAUCAGAUUCUUUUCUUGUUGCCUUAUAAAGGAGGGGAAAAUAAUCAGUUGGAAUGCUGAUAAAAAACAGAUCGAGCUUGAGAUCCUCUCGUCUUCAACAAGCCAACCUGCUAAAGAGCCAGGGAAAUUUGAUCUGGUUUACCAGUCUGCAGAUGGAGCUGAGCUGAUAGAGUAUGCUGUUCCUCAUGAUACAAAGAUAACUGAAAGUUGGGAUGCGCUGAUAGAACCAAGACUGAUUGUUGAGCCUCCAGUUAACGGAUCAGGCAUUGAAAAUGGAGCAAUCUAAGAUGUGAAUACAUGUAAAUAACUGUAUGGACUUGUUUUGUGAAAUACUGCCUUCAAGUUCUGAGGGCAGCAGAUGCACUGGUGAAUAUUUUUAAUAAAUGGUUUCAAAAUGAAAUUGAUGCCAAAAGAAAAAACACUUUUUCUUAGGAUAUGUUUUUUAUGUAAUACAAAAAAUGCUUUGUUUAUUAUAGGAAAACUUUAAUAUAGAUUUGAUUUUUAAAAUAGAAUCUUAGUCACACUUUUCAUAUUCCACCACUGUGAGCUGUAAAACUGGAACGGUUUGAUCAAAAAUAUAAAAUAUGACCUUGUACUGUCAGUAGCUCCAUUUAAAUGUCUUGUUUUGUCUAGAGCAGUAUAACUGCCAUACAGUAGCAGCUUGCUGUAAGGAUAAUUAAAGACCAGCAUUUAAAAAUCAAAUAGUAUUGAUAUGCGUGACUCUUCCUGUACGGCUGCAGAGAGUGAUACAAAUGCCAUGACCUUGCAGUUGUAUACAGGGUUCACUUGAAUGUGUCAAGAAAAAUGUACAGACUUUAAGCUUCUGUAAUUUUGAAAGGCAGAUAAAUACUAUUUGUAACUGAGAAUUUUGUCUGGAACCAGUGGAGUAUUACAGGAAUCCUAGACAAAAAUGUGUCCCUGUGUGUUAAUCUGUGUACGCUCUGAAAACCUUUUUCAGCAAACCCUUUUGCCCUUUCAGUGCUGAAGUGUCUGUACUGACUUUUUUCUUUCCUUCCUAAUCACGGAACGGGUCAUCAUGUGGUAGUGGUGCACUUACUGACAUCUCUGCUAAAUACCAGUGUUGAGUUAGGACCUUGUGCCCCUAAGGUAUUGUACUUGCAUCUUGGCAAAUCUUAAAAUUUAAGACUCUCCAUGUCUCAGAUAGUUGACUCUUAAGCAGAAGACAUUUAAAAAAAAAAAAAAAACUGAAAAGCUGCAUGUCAUGGUUUAGCUAGUAUAUAUUCUGACUAAUGCAUGAUUACAUUAAAAUAUUGCACACCUUUGUGUUAUUCCUAUUAAAAUGUCUCCGCUGUGAAGAAACGCUUUUAUAAGUAAAAUUAACUUGUGUUGCAGUUCCCUUUA